AUUAAUUAAAGUACCAAUUUGAAAACAUCUCAGAGACUCCAUUUAGUCUCCUUUUUAAGCUUCUCUUUCCUGGACACGAGAAUAACCAUCACAGUUAACACUGGACACUAGGGUGCAUCAAAAAACACAAUUCUUGAAUUUUGACAUGGCUGGGUGCUAAAAGUGUUCCAAUAUAUGUAGAAACAACAUAUGCAAAAUAUUUUUCCAAUACAUGAUGAUUUAGGGGUGCCACCGCACAUCUGUUUUUGUUGGUUAAAGUGGUAAACCGUGCUCAAUGGGCGCCAUGGAGAUCUGAGGUAAACAAGACUGCAGCUCAAGAAAACUGAGGUGAUCUUUCUGUUUUUGUGUUGGGCACUGCACAACAAAACCCACCCCAGGAUCCAGCUCUCCUAAGAUGCUGCCCUCACCAACUGGUCCCUGCCAGACUAGCAGUCGCAGCCUGGUCUUUGGUCUGGGCCCCAGCAUCACCAGUGAGGAUAGCAUCAUCACCGGCGCCAAACUGCCAACUGGUCGUCAGAUCUUACGCUGCAUGCUUGCCAAGAAACCUGGUGCAAACGGAGCGUUGUCGCAGUUCGAGGCAACCAAGGGUAUCCUGGAGCAGGUGCGGCCAUUUUACAAGAAAGCCAACAUCCCAAUGGUGAGCGACAAGCGUGCCUGCCACAAGAUGGUAGACUUAGUCAAUGCUAACAACAAGCUGCGGAAAAUCUCCCAGGCCAAGCGCUCCAGUGAGACUACAGCGAAACAAUUGGAGAAAAUGGAGUGCAGACUUGAUGCCACAUUUCCGCUGUGGCCUCCAAAUGUUGAAAAGCUGAUUGAUAACCCAGAAGACCUAGCUUUCUUGGCCAGCAUGAAGACCGACAGAGUGGCCACAUUUGGUGUGUUGGAAAAAAAGCUGCAGCUCAAGGUGAAGCGGCGAGAGGAGCGUCAAGCUGAUGCAGCAGCCAGGCAGUCCCGCUGUGAAAAGGAGCUGGAGGAGAUGACGGCAAUGUCCAGCUUGGUGUCGGAGAGUGAUGAGGAGCCAGAGGAGGAUACUAACACAGUCUGUCCAACAUCUGAGGGCAAACCAUCCCACAAGCGUAAGAAGACUGGAACGUCUUCAUUCCACAUGACAUCCUUAGCCAACCAAGUGUUGUCAUUGUUGGAUCAUUGACUUUUUUUAGACCAAAUGAGGAGGGCCAGUCAGGCCACUAAUGAGCUCAAUAAUUCACAUGUAUUACUUUAUAAAUUAAGAGUACUAGGGGUCUAUUACAAAACCUUUGAAGGAAUCGUCAUGCAUUCUGAAUGUUUCUGUACUUUAAAAACAUUAUGGCUCAUGGCCUCCUAUCUAAAUUGAAUUAGAACUAGUAACAAUUGAAUUCCUGAUAUCAAAAAGGGAUUUUGAACUAGUUCAAAUUGUAUUUCUAAUAUCAACAAUUGGCAUUUCGACUAGUUGAAAUUGAAUUCCUGAUAUCAAAAAGGAUUUUGAACUACACUGAACA